GUUAUUUGGGUCACGAAACCUUUGAAAAUUUGAUGAGAGCCAUUGAUCCCCACCUCCCACCUCUCUAAAUCUCGUUGCCUCUCCCCCCGCCCCCCGCCUUGCUCAGAUACAGGAAAUUUGGCUUACUGUUACAGAUAUUUCAUAGAUACGGUUUCCUGUCCGUGGAUCCCAGAAUCUGACCUGCAUUCCAUUAGACCCUACAUGUUUAAUUUAUCAUUUUUAAACCCAUGACUGACUCCCUGCCCACUUCUUAGAAGGAAGAUAGAUAGCCUAAUAGGAAGUUUUAAUAGCACUAUACUAUUCUCCCUUACGUCUCCUAACAACUCUAGGAGAGAGGUAUUAUUUAAUUCCCAUUUUGCAGGCACAGAAGAGUGAGCUUGGCUGUUCACCCUGUGAAUGGGACUGUAUUAGGAAUCUUGGAAGCACCGUCAACAUGUCUGAAGUUCAAGAAGCCACUAACCAACUUCUGGAUGGGAACCUUCAUGGGAACCAGAGGUCUAUACAAGUGACAGAAAGUGGUUCCAGAAGUGAGUCUGAGCACCUCCAAGUCACUAUUGGAGCCACUGUACCUACUGGUUUUGAGCAAACAGCUGCAGAUGAAGUGAGAGAGAAAUUGGGGUCAUCGUGCAAAAUCAGCAAAGACCGGGGCAAGAUAUAUUUUGACAUUUCAGUGGAAAGUCUGGCUCAGGUUCAUUGUCUGAGAUCAGUUGAUAACUUAUUUGUGGUUGUUAAGGAGUUUAAGGAUUACCAGUUCAAAGAAACAAAGGAAGAAGUUCUAAAGGAUUUUGAAGAAUUGGCUGGGAAGCUUCCAUGGUCAGAACCUUUAAAAGUAUGGAAAGUUAACACCAGUUUCAAGAAAAAAAAAACAAAGCGCAAAAAGAUAAAUCAGAAUUCAAGUAAAGAGAAGAUUGAUAAUGGACAAGGAGAUAGAGCAGAUGAGAGGGAUGAUACAAAAGGAUUCACUAACAAAACCUUAGGGUCCCAUAUCUUAGACUAUUAUGAAAAUCCAGCCAUCAAAGAAGAGAUAUCAACAUUAGUAGGGGAUGAUUUGGCAUCUUGCAAAGAUGAGGCUGAUGAAGGCUCAAAAGAAGACACUCCUGAAGUGCUCAAGUUUAGAGUCACGUGCAACAGGGCAGGAGAAAAACAUUGUUUUUCCUCAAAUGAGGCUGCAAGAGAUUUUGGUGGUGCUGUUCAAGAUUAUUUUAAAUGGAAGGCUGACAUGACCAACUUUGAUGUAGAGGUUCUUUUGAAUAUCCAUGAUAAUGAAAUUGUUGUGGGCAUUGCAUUGACAGAAGAGAGUCUCCAUCGAAGAAAUAUCACACAUUUUGGACCUACAACUCUUAGAUCUACUCUUGCCUAUGGGAUGCUCAGGCUCUGUGCUCCUCAACCUACUGAUAUAAUAGUUGACCCGAUGUGUGGAACAGGGGCAAUACCGAUAGAGGGGGCUACUGAAUGGUCUAACUGUUACCAUAUUGCUGGUGAUAAUAAUCCGUUGGCUGUGAAUAGAGCAGCAAAUAACAUCUCAUCUUUAUUGACCAAGAGCCAAAUGAAAGAAGGCAAAGUACCUUGGGGCUUGCCCAUAGACGCUGUUCAGUGGGAUAGCUGCCAUCUGCCGUUGAGAACUGGCUCUGUGGACAUUAUUGUAACAGACAUGCCAUUUGGAAAAAGGAUGGGCUCCAAAAAGAGAAACUGGAACCUUUAUCCAGCUUGCCUACGGGAGAUGAGCCGUGUCUGUAGACCAGGGACAGGCCGAGCUGUGCUACUAACUCAGGACAAGAAAUGCUUUACCAAGGCAUUAUCUGGAAUGGGACAUGUUUGGCGGAAGGUGCAUACUGUCUGGGUGAACAUAGGUGGUCUUCAUGCAGCAGUUUAUCUUCUGAAACGCACACCUCAAGCUUUUGUUCAUCCUGUAGAACACGAUGGGGAAAGAGCUCCUUGGUGAUGCAAAGAAUUGAGAUGUUUAAUGGUUUUAUGCCUCCUGACACUGGUAAUGUCAGCAUGAAGAAUUUGGUUUGAGAGAAAAAUAGCGUUAAUAAAAUUGCAGUUUAAAUUGGUCUAAAGCUCUUCACCUUCAUUAGCAUAAGGUAUGAAUGGAAUUGAAAGUCUUAAGCAGAACCUUGGAGUUUUGAAGGAGUAGCUGGAAAAUUACUACUUAAAACUACUUAAAAUGCUUUCAAAACCCUAAGCCUACUAAAAUGCUCCAGGAUUUGGGUUUUGAGUAUUUCUUUUCAGGCUUCGUAGCAGUUGCUGUUUUCCAUUGUAGCAGGUAGAAAGCUACCCUGGCCCAAUGCAAAGAAGGAGAACAUAAACAGAACAUUUUGGGCCACAGUGCAUUGCCUAUGCAGCUUUGCUCUUCAGUUUUUCCAGUUGGCUUUACCUCACCCUUAAAUAAUGAAAUCAUGUUGGCCCCAUGACCAACAAGAUGAAAUUGCACAAGACCAACUGGAAAGUUUACCAUCUGCCUUAAAAAUUAAAAUAUGCCUGUUAUUGAAAUUAAUACAUUCAAAUAGAAGACUCGGACUGAUCAAAGGGAUUGUAGAUGUUUUACUGUUAGCAGUAUAGAACACUUCUGUUCAUAAACAGCAAAUACACUGAUGGGUGAAAUUUGGGACCAAGAAGCCAAAUUUAAUUCUUUCAGUAUACAAAGUGAAACAUUAAGCUGCCAAAAAUAUUUUUGUUUUUUUAAAAGGACUGCAGACACACUGAUGUUAUCUUUGAAUUAAAAACUUCAUGAGAAUUCUA